AUGCUAUCUUCUUACCGUUGCGUCAAAGAUUCAGAGGAUGACGUCGAAUCGACGUCCGGUGAUGAUGAUGAAGACGAAUAUGACAGCGACGACGAAGUGAUCAGCAAGAAGGCUGCAGCGCUUUCCUCUAAUUGCUCCCCAAGCACCAUACUGUCUGCCUCACCCGGUGUGACGUUGAAGAAGGUGAACAAAAUUUGGCAGAACACGCUGACCGAUCAACAGCUUUCGGAAGAACUGCAAUACUCGACAAGUGUGACUAAAGAGAAACUUUUAGUUCGGCGAAAUAUCGAGACCUACGAAGUUAUACGCCAGAAGAAGAUGAGCAGCAACGGCGUGAGCGGAGACUUUCGUAACUCUGUGCUUUGUAAAUUUAAUGGUACCGAGGUGAUGGGGGAUGGGGCAGUGCGUCUGGAGUUUAUGAAGCCCAGCGUUUCAACGGUGUUCCUCCAAUUUCAGGGAAUAAGGGCACUUUCGAACGAGGCUUUCGCUCGUCUGCUGACAUCUGCUCUCCGCGAAUCUAAAUGCAAGCUGUUUCUGCGUAUCGUCGAAACGGUGGGAGCAGAAACUGCACUACGGAUGUAUAAUCAAACCGUCGAUGUCGAAAAUGUUGGAGGGCUGAAUACUGCCGAUGGGAAGAGGCGUCGAACCCCCGGUGGUACUUUUCUGUUUUUGCUGAAAAAGGAACUGUGUUGGACUAGGAAACAGUGGGCGGCAGUAUUUGGAGAAGGUCCACCUGCAAAACGAAGAAAGGAAAUUUGCGAAUCACCUGAAAAUAAGGCAUCACAAGCAGCUUCGCUUCAAAUGUAG